AUGGGCCUAGAGGAAAAGUCACCCGCUACAGAUGACCUCCUACAGCACAUCGCCUCCACCUUCCUCGCUCAAAACCCCUCUUUAAACCCAGCCAAGGCCAUCAUCAGCCUCCUCCUCGGCCUCUCAACCCAAGUCGAGAAACUCACCACAGAAGUCCACACCCUAGCUGCGAGACAUGCCGCCGACGUCACCCGCCUCAACGCGCGCAUCAACAACCACAUUCCAGCCCCUGCCCCACAGGCCCGCCGUCCCCCCCAAAGGCAACCUACCCAUCAACCCCGCCAGCCCCUCGCCCCGCCCCGGCCGUCCCCCUCCCUCAGGCCCCCCCGAUCGAAGGAGCGGAGCUUCACCUCAAUGAUCCCCUCGAAACCAUCGACUAAAAUGGCAACAGACAACUCCUUACCUAUGCCAAAAAACUUAAACAACGCCAGGACAACUCCCGCCCCGCCGCCCCCUUCCCCGCUACCCAGAAUGCAGGCCCCCGCAGACCCGCAGCUCCCCAACCAGCAUCAAACCUCCCCACCACCCAACGCCGUCCUGAACCUCGCCUGCAAUGCAACCGAAAACCCGCUCAACAACUUUCAACUCGCACCCACCAACGUCGACUAUGCCAUCCACAACGUCCCCAUCUUCGCCCUCGACGUCCCAGAAUCCAUCUUCACCCCCCACCUCGCCGAAGCCGUCGCCCUCACCACCGGAGCCGCUGUCGCCAGAGCCCGAUACCUCACCAAACCCGAGAAUAGAAUCAGGAAAACCACUACCUCAAUCGUCAUCUCCGUCCCUGCCGAAGACACCGACAAGAUCGGAGACCAAAUUCGCCUAUUCGGACGCUCUCGCCGGUGUAACAAACUUUGGCUAGCGUCCCCUAACACCCUCUGCCGCAAGUGCGCCUGCCUAGGACAAGCAACAGAAGGAUGCCAAUCAUCCUCACCCACAUGCCCGCUCUGCGCAGGCAACCACCUCCGCAAAGACCACCGCUGCCCUAACCAAGCCUGCCCUAGAGAAGGCCACCUCAAACUCAUUAUCGAUUGCUGCGCUACCUGGAAAGCCAAAUGCAUCAACUGUUCUGGCAACCACACCACCUCUGACAGAGAGUGCCCCGCCAGGCGCACCCGCACCCAUACCGCUGCCACAGCGCCUGCCCCCCAAGGCACCACACCUGCCCUCCAGACACCCCAGACAACCUCCCAACGAUCAACCUGUCCCAACCCACCAACCCUCAGUCCGCAUCAGUACCCGCACCCCAACAAGAAGGGCCUGCGGAAGAGGACUUGA